AUGGGGAGGCUCUUUCUUGUUUGCUUCCACGGAGUUCGGGAUUUCUACAUAUGUCGUAUUUGCCGAACCGUCAUUGCCUUGAAUGUUCACUUCCGAUACCCCUUACAGCCUCAUUCAGACGGAGCAACUGGACUUAUCUUUGGUGAAGUUGCCAACAUGUACAAGCGGGAACCUAUGCCGCACAGGGAAGUUGGUCGUUACGAGACAGAAGAUUUAUACUGUGUCGAAUGUGGGGAUUUGCUGGGCGGUGAACUUGUAAGAUCACUUGGGCCUCUGGAAUUGGAUGAUGAUCCAUUGUACUACCUCAAUCCGGCAAAAAUAUUGCAUUGGAAUGGCAGAAAUACCCUAGAUCCGACCAUGUUGCCUGCUACAUCCUCCUCAGAUGCGAACCCUCAUGAAGCAAAUCCUCCUGAGGCAAAUCCUGCUGUGAACCCUGAGGCAAAUUCAGAGGAGAAUCUGUAA